AUGCUGUCUGAGCAAGGCCAACAACAGUCGUUCGAUCCCGUGUCCGACUACAGCCCCACCAUGCUCCACCAGCAACAGCACUUUGCAACGGGCCACCAACAGCAGCACCAACACCAAAAGCAACAGCAACCUCAACAGCAGUUCCAUCGCUCCGCUCGACCUGCAUCUGAAAUCCUGCCUCAGAAUCACCAUCACCCUUUUCUUGGCAACAACUUCCAGUCCCCCGAAGCGGAGGCGAUCGACAAGUGGUUCGAGGACUUGUCCCACUACGAACAAACCCUCGAGGACAUGGCUGUCGUCUCACUCGACACCGUCUUCAAGGAGGAACUCUCAACCAUCGAGUCUUGGUUCAGGAACAGGCUGGAGGCAGAGAGGACAGCUGCGCUGUACUCACUCCUUCAGCACUCUUCGCAGGUCCAGAUCCGUUUUUUCAUCACCGUCCUCCAACAGAUGGCCAAGAAGGACCCCGUAGGCGCACUCCUCUCUCCUACGCACACUGAGAAAGGCAAGUAUCCAGUGCAGAAUCAACUGCAUGGUGCCAUGGCCAAAGCUGAGAUGGAAGUGAGUCAGCGACUCUUGAACGUCCUCCCUAUCCAGCCUCCCGCCCCUCUGGACCGCCCUACAGCCCAUCGUCGACUCUACGAUCGCCACUCUGUCACCAUUGGCGAAAGCGAGGAAUACAACAGGAUGUUUAGACAAAACGGAAAGAGGAACAGCAUUGACUUCUUGGGUCGCACCGCCAAUAGCAGCAGUGCAGCUGCAAACAACGCCAGCAACAACCCCGCCAGCAGCAGCACUGGAAACCCUAAUGGCCAUGCCAAUGGUGUGAUCGGAAGCGCCGCAUUGUCUGAAUCCAUUUCUGCUCGCGUGAACCAAUUCAGGCCUGCGCAGGGUUCGCUCAAUCGUAUAAGCGCACCCAACGCUUUUGGUGGUCGACCCAAAUCGGUCCAUGAGGGUGACACAUCAUCCAUGUUUACGUCCAACUGGAAUUUUGCAUCCCUUGGAGCCAACCCAUUGCCCCCUUCCACCAGUGGCGCUAGCAGUGGCAGCACCUCGAGCGCGGCCACCGCCUCUUCCUCUGCAGGAUCACCUGGAAACAUUGGCGACCGCACCUCGUUUGGACGUCCAAAGUCGGUGGGAGGUGCAGAAUGGAUGUUGAGCCGUCCUCAGAGCGCUGCGGAUGGUCUGGAUAAGUCCUGGACUCCCCUUAUCAUGUCACCUACCAUGGGAGGAUUCCACAACGGCACCAACGGGACUGGACAUUCGUUGAACGCCGGUGGAUUCUCGAACUCGGGCUUGGCUGUUGAACGGCCAAAGUCUGUGACCGAGGCUGACCUUGCCAAGCUCAACAUCUCGCAGUGGGUUCACAACAGCAACAUCAACAAUGGGGCUAACAGCAACGCCGGAUCGCGGGCCUCGGCUCUUGAGGAGCUGAAAGCCAACAACCGACGCCGUACGUUGCUUCGCCCAAGUGCUAUCAUUUCGAACGUCCCAGUGACCGUAAUGGAGGGUGACGAGAAGCUGUUGAGCGCGAGCGCCAACACCUCGUCGAUCAACAUUGUGUCGACCAUGUUUAACGAGGCUCCCGGAGCAGGAUCAGGAUCCAGCUCCAUGACUGAUUUGAAGGCGGCAGGAACGACCACAUCUUCAGCAACUCAAGGCGGCAGCUCCAUGUUUUCUUACUCUGGAUCUCAGCCGAACUUGAACACUUUCUCCCAGCAACAACAGCAGGCUGUUCAUCAGUUAAACAAUCUUUCCCUCGACUCGGCGCACUCGGCACGUAACACUCAGCACCAACAAGCGCAGCAGCAUCACCAUCAUCAACAGCAGCAACAGCCUAGAUCGAGAGCGACGUCACCUUUCAGCUCGCCUCUUCCCUCGCCUGUCAAGUCAGGAUUCCGUUCUCGACCGGUUUCGGGUUCGACGUCUCCUCGCCUGGCUGGCCAGCACUCGUCCUGGAUGGCUGGUGGAAGCAACUGUAACAGCAGCAACAGCCAAAACAACCUGGUGUCGGACGGCAAUGCUAUGAUACCCACAGACUACAACCAGAAGAGACAUUUGUCACCCCCAUCCGUGCAGCGUGUUCAUCCCUCGUCAUCGUUGUCGCUUGACGACGAUUAUUUGAGCGAUACGAGCGAUAUCUCGAGCAUUGGCAUGAAUGGCCAUCACGGUCGUGGCGGGUCCGCCUCCAAGGAGAAGAAGCAACCUGAGGGUGUCGAUUUUGAGCUCUUGCAAGAUACCCCUGCAUGGCUGAGAUCAUUACGGCUCCACAAGUACAACAACAUCUUUGAGGGGAUGCAGUGGCGUGACAUUGUCAACCUGUCGGACGGAGACCUGAUCAACAAGGGGGUCGCGGCUCUGGGAGCUCGGCGUAAGAUGUUGAAGGUCUUUGAGCAAGUCCGUAAGGAAAUGCUCCUUCAGGGCAUGGUUAUUUAA